UGUUUGCUACAUUUUCUGCUCUUAGCACAGAAGAAGAAAAGAGAGAAAGAAUGGCAAGAACCAAGCAGACCGCUCGCAAGUCUACUGGAGGCAAAGCCCCCAGGAAGCAGCUGGCCACUAAGGCCGCUCGUAAGAGCGCCCCGGCCACCGGAGGUGUCAAGAAGCCUCACCGUUAUAGGCCCGGUACCGUGGCUCUGCGCGAGAUCCGCCGUUACCAGAAAUCCACCGAGCUGUUGAUCCGCAAGCUGCCCUUCCAGCGCCUGGUCCGCGAGAUCGCUCAGGACUUCAAGACCGACCUGCGCUUCCAGAGCUCUGCCGUCAUGGCUCUGCAGGAGGCCAGCGAGGCUUACCUGGUCGGACUCUUCGAGGACACCAACCUGUGCGCCAUCCACGCAAUGAGUGGAAGAGGAAAGGGGGGCAAAGGACUCGGAAAAGGAGGCGCCAAGCGUCACCGUAAGGUGCUCCGUGAUAAUAUCCAGGGCAUCACUAAGCCAGCUAUCCGCCGUCUGGCUCGUCGCGGUGGUGUCAAGCGUAUUUCUGGUCUGAUCUACGAGGAGACCCGUGGUGUGUUGAAGGUGUUUCUGGAGAACGUCAUCCGCGACGCCGUCACCUACACUGAGCACGCCAAGAGGAAGACCGUGACCGCCAUGGAUGUGGUGUACGCUCUGAAGAGGCAGGGCCGCACUCUGUACGGCUUCGGCGGUUAAGUUUACAGUACUGAUCCAAGCAACAAAAGGUCCUUUUAAGGACCACCCAUCUCUUCGAUAGAGCUGAUUCUACUCUGUGUGUGUGUGUGUGUGUGUGUGUGUGUGUGUGUGUUUUUCACUGGCACAAAAACGCUGAACAUUCAGGCCUUCUCUUUGUAUUGCCCCAAUGUGCUCAUCGUGCCCAUUUACACACCUGCACCGUAUGUCUCCACAGAUUUUGCAAUUUGUGGGGGAGACUGAAAUAUGUCUGAAAAGGUUCUCAGUAUUCCAGGUCAUCGUAGUCUAAGGAGCUUGGAAAGAAAAUGUUUGGACUUAUUUUAAGUUGAGACUGAAAUAUGAUGAACAAUUUCCUUGAGUCUACGGUGACCGUAGACUAUUACGUCUUUUCGUUGGCCUGGAGUCUACGGUGACUGGACUCUGGCCCAAUAGGAGCGCUGAAUCCCACUGUAGACGACCAAUCGUCUGUCGACGGAAGUUGUGUCACCAAAACAACAAAGGGCAGCGGGACAGCAAAGCGGCCAACUCCGCUGUUUUUCUGGAAACUGGCAUUUCUUUUAUGUUUACGUCUUUUCAGUGGCUACGACUGAUGACGACACCAGCAAUUCGUGUUAUAAAUCCAGAUGCCCCUGCACCUCGUCAGCAGGCCGGGUGACAAGUAUGGUCUUCACCAAACCUCAUCAGGAGCUGCUCAGCCGAGUCGCUGCCUUCACUCACGCGCAGAAGCUUCUUCGAGCAGAGGGUAUCCACGCGCCUUCACGUCAGCAGUGCCCGGUGGUGCUUUCGGUGGCUCGUUACAAACGAUGCUCACAAGACACAACUAUGUAGAACCAGACCAGAACCAAAGAAGCAAUGUGUACAGGCAGGUGGCAAAGUUUGGGAAGUAUUUGUACAACACAUGCCUCCCCAACAGCUUCAGUGUUUCCUGGAAUUGAUUAUCUGUCUGUUAUGUCAGUCAAAUUUCCCCCAGAUAGUCUUGGUUGAGCUCUGGUGACUGUGAAAGCCAUGGUAUAUGAUCACGCCAUUUUCAUAAUCAAUUAUUCAGUGACCCCUCUUCAAUUGGAGAUAUCAUCAGAAUUUCAGGAGUGGGACCACUCCUCCUUCACGCCCCCUCCGGCCUCAGGCUAUAAAAGCCCCCCCCUUCACCAAUACCUGCUGUUCUCAUUUUCAUGCCCCCCCCCCCCUCCAUUUUCCCUCUCCUCUCCUCUCCUCCUUUCCUUUCCUUCAUUCAUUUCUCGUUAGUACAUGGGGAUCUGCCCGGCCCGGAAGCCGUUGCCAGUCCCUUUCCAGGCCUUCCCCAAACCGCAGCACCAGUUCACACUUCCUCGUCCCUCAUCGCCCAUCGUUACCGAGGAUGUGGUCCCAGCUAGUGAAAUACUCAUUCACAGGACAAAGAUAAUCUCUCACAGCAACUUUGUACUGCUUUUUCGACUCUUUUUCCUUUGCUGCCUAACAUGGCAGCAAAGUGCAACAAUCUCUCUCCGUGUAGGGGUCAAGAGUUCAGGUUAUGCCUUUAAUUUCUUGCCUGUCUGUAAAUGACAGUGUCAUGGUAUGAAUAAUCCUUCAGAUUUUACCAGUAUAACAGUAAAACAAUUACAUUGUCUCAUCGGGACAACCUAAAAGACUCCUUAUGCCUAGUCUUUGCACAUCAUAACACAGAAGAGAAGAAAGCAAUUCUCAACUUCUGUUCAUUUCAGGGGAUUUUCCAACCUCUUUUGGUUCAAAAGAGCCAAAGGAAAAUCCUCAUCAAUGUUGGAGUAAAAACUAGAAUAUACAUUAUCAGUGUAUACUGUAUAUACACUAAUAAUGCUUACUGUUGUCAUUGUGAACCAGUCAAAAUAAAUAAAUAACACACUGGGCUCAUGCUGAAGACCACAGACGGCAGUCGGAGCAUCAGGCGGAAUAAAGGAGCUGGAAACAUCACCUGAUAAAGGAAAAAAGACAACGGACCGAAUGAAAAACAGAAGUGUCCUUCAUUGCACAUUUUUGACCAAUCAGAAGUCCCCUUCUUUCCCAGUCUUUCACUCUAGACUUUUGACCAAUCACCGAUCAGGACGAAUUCAACUACCGUAUGGUCCAUCCCCUACAACAGAAUAUGUUGCGGAGGAGUUGCUAUUUCAGUCCUCUUGGGUGAAUCCUCACGACAUUUACUCUUUCAUCUCCCUGCCAAACAGGUUUUUCCAGGAAGCCCUGCUUCGAUGUUUCAUGGAAAUUGUCCUUUCCAUGUUGGGUGGCCAGAGUUUGAAAGACUGGACUAUAGAGCCAUCUCUUCAAAUUAAAACGACAACACUCGUGGUCAAGUUUUGGACAGGAAGAAUCCCUGAUCAAGACAUUGAAUUAUAUUUGAAAAGAUAUUGUGAUGUGCUACAUCCACCUAUUAAAUUAAAUUAAAUGGAUAAAUUCGGCCUGUGGUACGGGGUACGGAAGUUUAAAGUUCGUCUGCGGAGGGAUGAGGAUGGACAUCUCAUCCAAAUUCCAAACUCCAUCUCCCUGGGCCUGUACAACGGUUGAGUUAUCUAUCCCAGGCUAGCGGCUAGAUGCUUCAUUUGCCAGGCUUUGGAUCACCAAGUAAAAGAAUCAGAAAUACUUUAUUAAUCACGAAGGAAAUUAUGGGUUACAGCAGGCAGCAUGCUGGUUGGCACAUGCGCACUAACAAAGGAACCCUCCGACUAAACAUAGUUUACACAACAUCACAUUGGGGAGACAGGUCCGAGAGGUAGGCUGAUAAGAAAAACAACAAAAGUACACAACGAGGUGAGAGGAGGAGAAAAAAAAGCUCCACCCAGACUGAGCUCCUAAUGGGAGAACAGUUUGGGAACAGAAAAUACACCUCAGCACAGAAAAGCACAUGAAUCUUAAUACACCAUAGAAGCAAAUGACAAGCAACAGUUGUGGGUACGGGGUGACAGUGAGCCGGUGUAGACAGCACAUCCGAUCCUGCAGCAUAUCUGCGCUGGUCCACUCGACCCGCCAUCUGUAUUGGGAGGGGACAAGCAUCGAAGGGGAUGAAAAUAAUUGUUAUUAGUUUUUACUCCUGUUUUUACUGCUGUCUUCAAACAUUACUCAUGAAACCACCCCAAGAUAAUUGUGCGUUUCUUCGAAGUUACUGAAAACUGAACUGAAGCUGAAGUGAACACAAACAGAGGAACAAACUGGCUGAUGUAACCUGACCCAGGCAGCCGGGCAUGACAGCUGUGUUUGCAUAUGGAAAUACACUUGGUUCAGUGUACUGUAAGGACUGAUGAAACAGGGGCUCGUGACCACAAAACAUUUGAGAACCUCUUUUCUGGACUGAGGAGACGGAAGGUUUCCAACUGCAGGCAGAACAGACUCUGUUGGAAGGAUAACAGGUGACUGCAGAUUUUUACCAACAUGGAAAGACCAGACUCUCCUGAGCCUGAGACCAGACCCAGAUCUCCACAGAAUGACCGUCCUGACUUUAAAAGGAGGAAACCGUCUCCUGAUGGGAAGAUCACUGAGACACCAGAUGCCCCUGAACCUGAACCUGGACCCAGCUGUGUGUCUUUGAAGAGUGAACAGUCAAAGGAUAACAUCGUCAACUUUAAAGGAACUAAAUCUGCUGUUGCUGAGGAAGCCAAUCAGGAGAGUCUGCAGCAUCAAACCGAUCUGGACUCUGUGUUUAAGAUGCUGGAGGAAAACAUUAUCACUUUUAUGAAGAACGAGCUAAAGAAGAUGCAGAAUGAUCUGAAUUCAGAUUAUUCAGAGUGUCAGAGGGAUGAAGAGGAGGUGUUGGACAGUGAGGAAGAGAAGCAGAGAAGGAGCAGCAGAGAGGCAUUUCUGAAACUUGCAGUUAACUUCCUGAGAAUAAUGAAACAGGAGCAGCUGGCUGACUGUCUGCAGAGCAAAAGUCCUGAUCCACUUUGUGAGAAAACAUUUAAAUGUAACCUAAAGAAGAAGUUCCAGUGUGUGUUUGAGGGGAUCGCUAAACCAGGAACCCAAAUCACUCUAAAUGAGAUCUACACAGAGCUCUGCAUCACAGAGGGAGGGACCGGAGAGGUCAACACUGAACAUGAGGUCAGACAGAUUGAAAAGUUUUCCUGGAAACGAAACAGACCAGAAUCAACAAUCAGGUGUGAAGACAUCUUUAAAGCUUUGACUGGGAGAGAUAAACCAAUCAGAACAGUGCUGACCAAAGGAGUGGCUGGCAUCGGGAAAACACUCCUGACACAAAAGUUCACUUUGGACUGGGCUGAAGACAAGACCAACCAGGACAUCCAGUUCAUGUUUCCAUUCCCAUUCAGAGAGCUGAAUUUACUGAAGGAUACAAAGUUCAGCUUAGUGAGAUUUAUUCAUCACUUCUUCACUGAAAUCAAAGAAGCAGGAAUCUGUAACUUUGAAAAGUUCAAAGUUGUGUUCAUCUUUGAUGGUCUGGAUGAGUGUCGACUUCCUCUGAACUUCCACAUCACUGAGAUCCUCACUGAUGUUACAGAGUCCACAUCAGUGGAUGUGCUGCUGACAAACCUCAUCAGGGGAAAGUUGCUUCCUUCUGCUCACAUCUGGAUAACCACAUGACCUGCAGCAGCCAAUCAGAUCCCUGCUGAGUAUAUAGACAUGGUUACAGAGGUCAGAGGGUUCACUGACCCAAAGAAGGAAGAGUACUUCAGGAAGAGACUCAGAGACAAGGAAGAGGCCAACACCAUAAUCUCUCACAUCAAGACAUCACGAAGCCUCCACAUCAUGUGUCACAUCCCAAUCUUCUGCUGGAUCACUGGUACAGUUCUAGAGAGUGUGUUAAAAAGUAAACAGGAUGGAGGAAAGCUGCCCAAGACACUGACUGAGAUGUACAUUCACUUCCUGUUGGUUCAGACCAAAGUGAAGAACAUCAAAUAUGAUGGAAGCACUGAGACAGAUCCUCUCUGGAGUCCAGAGAGUAAGAAGAUGUUUGAAGCAGUGGGGAAACUGGCUUUUGAACAGCUGCAGAAAGGAAACCUGAUUUUCUAUGAAUCAGACCUGACAGAGUGUGGCAUUAAUGUCAGAGAAGCCUCAGUGUACUCAGGAGUGUUCACACAGAUUUUUAAAGAGGAGAGAGGAGUAUGCCAGGACAAGGUGUACUGUUUUGUCCAUUUGAGCAUUCAGGAGUUUUUAGCUGCUCUUUAUGUCCAUCUGACAUUCACCAACUCUGGUGUCAACCUGCUGGAAAAGGAACAAAUGGCAUCAGUGCAGACUGGAGAGUCUUUAGUACAAAAUUUCUACCAGAGUGCUGUGGACAAGGCCUUGAAGAUUCCAAAUGGACAUCUGGACUUGUUUCUUCGCUUCCUCCUUGGUCUUUCGAUACCAGCUAAUCGGAAUCUCCUACAAGGCCUGCACAAACAAAGAGGAAUCAGCUCACAGAUAAAUCAGGAAGCAGUCAAGUACAUUAAAGAAAGAAUGAAUGACAAUCUCUCUCCAGAGAAGAGCAUCAAUCUUCUCCACUGUUUGAAUGAACUGAAUGAUGAAUCAAUAGUGAAGGAGGUCCAGCAUCACCUGAGUUCAGGACACCUGUCUAAAGUUAAUCUCUCUCCUGCUCAGUGGUCAGCUCUGGUCAUUAUCUUACUGUCAUCAGAAACAGGUGUGGAUGUGUUUGACUUGAGGAAAUACUCAGCUUCAGAAGAGGCUCUUCUGCAGCUGCUGCCAGUAGUCAGAGCCUGUGAGAAAGCCCAGUUGAGUGGUUGUAACCUCACAGACAGAAGCUGUGAAGCUCUUUCCUCAAUUCUAAGUUCCCAGUCCUCCACACUGAGAGAGCUGGACAUGAGUAACAACAACCUCCAGGACUCUGGAGUGAAGCUGCUUUGUGUUGGACUCGGGAGUCCUCACUGUAUGCUGGAAACUCUCAGGUUGUCAGGCUGUCAGAUCACAGGAACAGGCUUCACCUCUCUGGCCACAGCUCUGCGCUCCAAUCCCUCCUAUUUGAAAGAGUUGGACUUGAGCUUUAAUCACCCAGGAGACUCAGAAAUGAAGCUUUUGUCUGCUCUAAAGGAGGAUCCACAUGUGAAACUGGACAUACUCUGUGUGGAGCCUCAAGGAGUCCGGUGGAUGAGACCAGGUCUAAGAAAAUAUUUCUGUGAUCUGAUGCUGGAUCCAAACACAGCACACAGGAACCUCAAACUGUGUGACAAGAAGGAGGUGACACAUGUGAAAGAAGACCAGCUGUAUCCUAAACAUGAUGAUAGGUUUGAUCACUGGCCUCAGCUGCUGUGUACCAACAGUCUGAGUGGUCGCUGUUACUGGGAGGUCGAGUGGAGAGGAGAGGUUCAUGUUGCUGUAACUUAUGGAGGAAUCGGACGGAAAGGAGAAGAGGAUGAAAGCAGGUUUGGAAGGACUCAUCAAUCCUGGAGUCUCUACUGCAGGGACAAAAGGGGUUACUAUGGAAAUCAUGAUUACAUAGCAAGAGCCAUCCCUCUGCUCUCCUCAGCUCUCUCUAACAAAGUAGCAGUGUAUGUGGACUGUUCUGCAGGAACUGUGUCCUUUUAGAGUGUCUCCUCUGACAAACUGAUCCACCUGCACACCUUCAACACCACCUUCACUUAACCUGUGUAUGCUGGGUUUAGAGUGACGCCUGACUCUAUUAUCCACCUCUGUGCUGACUCAGAAUAAUGAACUUACUGUGGUGUUUCAUACUUUUUCGUAGUUAAAUAUUGUGAAUGUUAAAUAUAUCAGGUAAAUUGUCUCAUACAUUGUACAUAUAUUAGUUUGGUUUGCAGUCCAGAGUUGUUGGAUUAGACUGAUUCUCCUGAAAAAAAUAUCUUUUAUCAUCUUAUUGUCUUUGGUGCCUUUUUUAAGAGCAGUUAUCAGUUUCUAUUAAUGUUACAUUUUAAAUACCCACAGGACCACUUUAAAAUCUGUUGCAUUACUGUCAUCAAACAUUCUAUUUCUUCCAUUAUACCCAUUAUACCCAAAUCUUUGGAACAGAAAAUUUAGACAUUAUAGUAUAGAAUAGAAUAGAAUAGAAUAGAAUAGAAUAGAAUAGAA